AUGUCCACCAAGGGAGUAGUGCAGUACAGAGCUAAGAAAUAUGACUCGUUGGAGAAAAAGCUGAAGGAUAUGACAAAAGAUCCCAGUUUCAGAGAUUGGGUCACUAAGGAAAAGGACAUUUACAAACAUGAUGAGAUGGGGGACCUUGCUGGGGUUCGCAUUGGGUUGUACCUCCCCAGAGACGUUGUCAAGGUCGCAAAGGAGAUUAAGAAGCGCUUCGACAUGAAACGUCUUUUUGGUACAGUCACGGGUGGGCGAGGCGCUACCGAGGGCAGAAAGCUGGAUCUUCAGAAACAUGGAAAUGGGCCGUGGUACUCUCAAGACGUCAAUGGGGCCGAUGAACACUGGGAACACUACGGAUACAAGUCGUGGAAAAUGGUGGUCGAAUGGAAAAAGCCUCUGCCCAAGGGUGUCACUUCGUCAAGGGUAGAGAUCCAGAUAGGGACGGUGGUAUCGCAAGCGUGGGCCGAAGUGCAACGGCAUCAUCUAUAA